AUGCCCGUUCGGUCGCAGUCAGUCCGGACACGACGGCCACCGACAACGUCGCGGGCCGAGCCCCUUCCGCGAUCCGAGUCAUCGACAAGAGCCGAGGCGUCGCGUCCCCACCGCCGCAGCAGCCAGAGAUCGACUACCGGUACCACAUCCUCCCCCCGGCACUACCAGCAGCAGCCCGACAUGUCCGCGCCCGCCCCAAACAACAACAACAACAACAACAACAACAACAACAACAACAACAACAACAAUGGCGGGACCGCCGACGACGCUGCCAAUGGGGCAGCCUCCGCGGCGCAUCGGACUUCCAAACACAGAUAUCGUACCGUUAUCCCGGCUCCGUCGGGCAACUACACAUUUAUAAAGACCAUCGGCCAGGGGAGCAUGGGCAAGGUCAAGCUGGCCAGGAAGGAGGGCACCAACGAACUGGUCGCGUGCAAGAUUAUUGAGAGGGUCUCGCCCGAUGACGGCCGCCAAAGCCGGGAGGAUCGGGAGAGGGCCGAUGCCGCGAGGGAAGACCGCAACGCUCGUGAGGCUGCCAUCGUCAGCCUGUUGAACCACCAGUACAUCUGUGGGCUGCGAGACAACUUGCGGACGAGAUGGCAUUGGUACAUGCUUUUCGAAUACGUCAACGGCGGUCAGAUGCUCGACUACAUUAUUUCACAUGGCAAGCUCAAAGAAAAGCAGGCCAGGAAAUUUGCGCGCCAGAUAGCCAGUGCUGUCGAUUACUGCCACCGAAACAGCAUCGUCCACCGAGACCUCAAAAUUGAGAACAUCUUGAUUAGCAAGACAGGCGACAUCAAGAUUAUUGACUUUGGGCUCAGCAAUCUCUUCUCACCAGAAGAGGAUAGGAAGCUCAAGACGUACUGCGGCAGUCUCUAUUUUGCUGCCCCGGAGCUACUCCAAGCGAAACCCUACACGGGUCCUGAGGUCGAUGUGUGGAGCUUUGGCGUGGUUCUUUUCGUGCUGGUUUGCGGCAAGGUGCCCUUUGACGACCAGUACAUGCCCGCACUUCACCAGAAGAUCAAGAAGGGAGCAGUUGACUAUCCCAAUUGGCUGUCCAGCGAGUGCAAGCAUCUUAUAUCCCGGAUGCUGGUGACGGACCCGAGACAGCGUGCUACCAUGCAUGAGGUCAUGAACCACCCCUGGAUGCUCAAAGGUUACAACGGACCUCCAGAGAACUUCCUACCGCACCGCGAGCCCCUAUCCUUACCUCUGGACAAUGAAGUCAUCGCACACAUGACGGGCUUCAAGUUUGGCCCUCCAGAUUACAUCCGUGAGGAGCUGACCAAGAAGAUCAAGUCACCCAAGUACCAAGCUGCUGUGCGGCGCCUGGAAAGAGAGAGGGAGCUUCCACAACCCACGCCAAAGGACGCUGAAAAGCGGCGAGCUUUUGGGUUCGACUUUUAUAAGAGGAGAAACUCCAUAACCAGCAGGGAUACUCUGACAAACAACAGCUCAGAAGGCCUGCCAGUCGGCGACGAUCCGCUGAACGCCUUUGAUCCCAUGAUCUCCAUCUAUUACCUUGUGCGGGAGAAGCUGGAGCGCGAAAGGCAGGCGGCCCAGGCGUCCAUGCCGCACAAACCACAGCCCCCGCAAUCCCCCCAGCAGGCCCAACCGCCACCCCCUGUGCCGCCUUCUCCCGUUGCGAGGCCAAAGGAGAAGCACUCACUUGCCGAAAUCGUCCCGCCCCAGACGGCGAACAACGAUACUGGGCGGACACGGGCCCGAGCGAGGUCCCAUAGUGAGGACCAGGCCCGAGAGCCAGUCAAGAAUGGGCUCUUAUCACCAGACAUGGUCCCGCCAGCAAAGAAGAGCGGCGCCGCGGCAUCACUCCUUCGCAGACUCAGCACGCGUGACAGGCGGAAGGAGCCGCCAUCCGAGAGCAACAACGGCAACAACAACAAAACCAGCACGCCGAUACACAAAUCGGUCUCGAUGCGCGCCAAGUCGCUAGGGCACGCGCGCAGGGAGAGCAUCCAAGCACGGCGGGCCCGGCGCGAGGCGGAGGCGCGUGAGCAGCCACAACAGCAGCAGCAGCCGGUACGGGAGGAAACGGACGCUGAGCUGCUGGCCGAGCCCGAGAACGGAGACACCAGCGGCGGGUCGCAUGAACGGCUUGAGCCCGAAGAUCCAGACCUGGCCAAGCCGGUUUACCUCAAGGGCAUAUUCAGCGUCUCGACCACGUCGACCAAGCCGCUGCCCGAGAUACGCGCGGAUAUCAAGCGGGUGCUGAAGCUGUUGGGGGUGGAUUACACCGAGAUCAAGGGCGGGUUUAGCUGUCUUCACACGCCGAGCCUUGCCGACGGCGGGACGGAUCGCGAUUAUUCUUCUUCGCGCCACGCUGCCGGCGGCGGUUCUGCCGCCCGAGCCAGCGAGCAGAUGGUGGCCGAGGGCGAGAUAAGGUUUGAGAUUGUCAUCGUCAAGGUGCCCAUCGUCAGCCUGCACGGCGUGCAGUUCAAGAGGGUCGGCGGGGACACGUGGCAAUACAAGGCCAUGGCGGAGCAGAUUGUGAGGGAGUUGAGGCUCUAA